AUGGGGGCGCGGGGAAGGACCCCCGACUCGGGGAUUGAGACAGCCAACCCGUUUAAUGGAGCUGGGAGGGAGACACCAAAAAUACCCCUUUCUGGUACAGGAAUAAUACGGGGAAAGGGAACGGAGGCAAGCACAGGUGACAGAAAAACUUCUGGAAGGGUGGGGGAGCUCAAGGAGGUGGGACUUCCGGCCAGGUGGGCCGUCUUUCCAUCCCCUGGAAGAGGAUUUCCGGCAAAGACAGUCAGGCCGCUUCCAGCAAUGGACGCUCAAGACGAAGGACUUCCGGUCCUAAAAGGCCGAUUAAAAGAAAGGAUGGGAGCUACAGUUUUUGUGCAGCCCCUGGACCUAGUGAAGAACCGGAUGCAGCUGAGUGGGGAAGGAGCCAAGACACGAGAGUACAAAACCAGCUUCCAUGCUCUCACCAGCAUUCUGAGGGCAGAAGGGCUGAGGGGCAUUUACACCGGGCUGUCAGCUGGCCUGCUGCGCCAGGCCACCUAUACCACUACUCGCCUUGGUAUCUAUACUGUGCUAUUUGAGCGCCUGACUGGGGCUGAUGGUACACCCCCUGGCUUUCUGCUGAAGGCCCUGAUUGGCAUGACUGCAGGUGCAACUGGUGCCUUUGUGGGAACACCAGCUGAGGUGGCUCUUAUCCGCAUGACCGCUGACGGCCGGCUUCCAGCUGACCAGCGCCGUGGCUACAAAAACGUGUUUAAUGCCCUGAUUCGAAUUGCCCGGGAAGAGGGCGUCCCUACACUAUGGAGGGGCUGCAUCCCUACCAUGGCUCGGGCCGUCGUCGUCAAUGCUGCCCAGCUCGCCUCCUACUCCCAGUCCAAGCAGUUUUUACUGGACUCAGGCUACUUCUCUGACAACAUCCUGUGCCACUUCUGUGCCAGCAUGAUCAGUGGCCUGGUCACCACUGCUGCCUCUAUGCCUGUGGACAUUGUCAAGACCCGGAUCCAGAACAUGCGAAUGAUUGACGGGAAGCCGGAAUACAAGAACGGGCUGGAUGUGCUGGUGAAGGUCGUCCGCUACGAGGGCUUCUUCAGUCUGUGGAAGGGCUUUACACCAUACUAUGCCCGCCUGGGUCCCCACACUGUCCUCACUUUCAUCUUCUUGGAGCAGAUGAACAAGGCCUACAAGCGUCUCUUCCUCAGUGGCUGAGGCGAGCGAGGGGCCUGGAGCUGCUGUGCCGGGGCUCCCACUCGCCCGCUACUCCUACAGUCAGUGUGCCCCCCGGGGGACCUAGACUCUGCUGCCCUGGGCCCCGCUAUUUAUUUUCCCUCCACAGUAUGGUUCCCUCCUCUGUGAUAAGGGACUUGUGGUCUGUCCUGCCCCUGCUCCAGCUCGCCCUCCUUGCCCUAAUCAUCAUGAUCUCUCUGUCCCUGCCUGUGCCCUGCACAGAGGUGGGAAGCUCCCUGCAGAUUCCUGGUCUCCUCUUGGGUAUUAGUUUCAGGGCACAUAGUACAGCAGAAGGCCCCCCCUUCUCAGUGGGGAAACCAAGGCAGAGCUGAGGGGACAGGAGAGAGCCGAAGCUGUCAAGAUGAUCAAAGGUCUGCAGUGGGAGGACAUGGCCCUUCCUUCCUCCACCUCACUGAGGACGUAAUCAAUAAAUUGGAUUGAUGACACCACCCCCAAAUCUGGAGAGCUGUGGGCACAGGAGGGGGAGGAGACUGGACAAAGAAGCGGAUGCCCCUGGAGAACAGGAACUGGAGUUUUUAAAAAAAGUUAUUAAAGAAAAAGUACCCGCUGUUUUUAUGCAAA